CCGGGAACAAAGCAAGAAAAAUCACAGCAAUUUGGGAAGUAAACAGAAACUGGAAAGGGAGGGGGAAAGAAGAGUGGGGAGGACCCAGGUUGGGGGGGCCCUCUCCAGUCCCACCCAGUUUAGGGAAUGCCCCUGCCCUCUCCCCCACCCCCCCUUCACCUGGUUCUUAAAGGGCCCGGCCCCUGGCCGGCGGCUACUUAAGACAGAGGGGCGGCGGCGGGCAGCAGCUGCGCUGCGACUGCUCUGGAAGGAGAGGACGGGGCACAAACCCUGACCAUGACCCCCCAUAGGCUGCUGCCGCCGCUGCUACUGCUGCUAGCUCUGCUGCUCGCUGCCAGCCCAGGAGGCGCCUUGGCGCGGUGCCCAGGCUGCGGGCACCGGGUGCAGGCGGGUUGUCCAGGGGGCUGCGUGGAGGAGGAGGAUGGGGGGUCGCCAGCCGAGGGCUGCGCGGAAGCUGAGGGCUGUCUCAGGAGGGAGGGGCAGGAGUGCGGGGUCUACACCCCUAACUGCGCCCCAGGACUGCAGUGCCAUCCGCCCGAGGACGACGAGGCGCCUUUGCGGGCGCUGCUGCUCGGCCGAGGCCGCUGCCUUCCGGCCCGCGCGCCCGCUGUUGCAGAGGAGAAUCCUAAGGAGAGUAAACCCCAAGCAGGCACUGCCCGCCCACAGGAUGUGAACCGCAGAGACCAACAGAGGAAUCCAGGCACCUCUACCACGCCCUCCCAGCCCAAUUCUGUGGGUGUCCAAGACACUGAGAUGGUGCGUUUGGAGCUGGUAGGGAGCAGGAGGGGUGGGAAGCCCUGGAGACUUCCAUCUGAGACUCCUCCCUUGGGCUUGGAGACGUCUCCAUUGUCUGUUCUGGGUGCUUGCCUGGUGGGCCAGAAGGUUAGAACGGGGAGCUGGGCUGGAGCAGUUCUAAGCUGCCUACUCUCCCUCCCCCAGGGCCCAUGCCGUAGACAUCUGGACUCAGUGCUGCAGCAACUCCAGACUGAGGUCUACCGAGGGGCUCAAACACUCUAUGUGCCCAAUUGUGAUCAUCGAGGCUUCUACCGGAAGCGGCAGGUGAGUAUUUUUCUUCUCCUCCUGCUUCCAGCAGAAGGCUCCUGCCAGGGAGUGGGGGCGGUGGGGCUUACAAAGCUGCAUAAAUAAGACACUGCCCCAUCUUUAAGGAUCUUCCAACUUUAGGAGAACAUAGAGAAUAUAAUUUAUUAAACAAACUUAGAGAAUAAUCAACCACACACUGUGAGAGAAAACCUACUUAAGGAAUGGCCUAACUCAGUGGCUCUCGAACUUGAGGCAUCAGAAUCCUCCGGAGGGCUUAUGCCGCACAGAUGGCUGAGCCUUCCUGAUACAGGAGGUGUGGGGUGGGGCCUGACAAUAUGCGUUUCUAAGAUGUUCCCUGGUGAUCCAGAUUUGGGAACGUCACUUUGAAAACUACUGUUCCAGGCUAGCAGAAUGCACACAAUUUAUUGGUUGAAGAGGGGCAACUAAAGAGAGGGAACCCUGGGCCGGGCGCAGUGGCUCAUGCCUGUAAUCCCAGCACUUUGGGAGGCCAAGGCUGGUGGAUCACGAGGUCAGGAGUUCAAGAUCAGCCUGAACAACCUGGUGAAACCCCAUCUCUAUUAAAAAUUACAAAAAUUAGCCAGAUGUGGUGGCGUGCACCUGUAAUCCCAGCUACUCAGGAGGCUGAGGCAGGAGAAUUGCUUGAACCCAGGAGGCGGAGGUUGCAAUGAGCAGAGAUCAUGCCACUGCAUUCCAGCCAGGGCGACAGAGCGAGACUCCAUCUCAAAAAAAAAAAAGAGAGAGGGAACCCAGUGGCCCUUGCUGUCCCGAGGGGACCCUCAGGUGUUUUUGCAUCCUCAGACUCAGACGUCCCCUCUCAUUCUCCUGCUGGAAGCCUCUGGCCUCACUCCUGACCUGUGUGCCUCUCUCUCCAGUGCCGCUCCUCCCAGGGGCAGCGCCGAGGUCCCUGCUGGUGUGUGGAUCGGAUGGGCAAGUCCCUGCCAGGGUCUCCAGAUGGCAAUGGAAGCUCCUCCUGCCCCACUGGGAGUAGCGGCUAAAGCUGAGGUAUAGAGGGGCUGCAGGGCCACUGGAAGGAACGUGGAGCUGUCAUCACUCAACAAAAAUCCCGAGGCCCUCGAUCCACCUUCAGGCCCUGCCCCAUGGGCCCCUCACCCCUGGGCCUUUACACAUGCGGUUGGAAAGAGUGUUGGUGUUGGCUGGGGUGUCAAUAAAGCUGUGCUUGGGGUCGCUG